AUUGUAGAUAAAAUAUUUAAGUUUUCAAGUAGUGUAGUAUUUUAAGUUACACUUUUUGUUGUAAAGUGUGUAUAUUUAAGUAUGUAGUUUUCAUUGAACUUUAAUCAGUCAGGAAUUCAACAAAGCAUAACCUAAUUGCAUGCGUUAUCUAUGACCAGGCGUCACAAAUGCAAUUUCGUAAGAGCAAACCGAAUGUACUAUAAAUGUGAAGUAUUUAGAAAUUCCAUAUAAUUUAUUUACAAACACCAAACAUGUCUUCACUCGCCUUUGUUUUGGCCAGCUUCUGUCUGAUCCAGAGCGCAUUCUGCAGAGUUGUAGAACCAUGCGCAGCUGGCUAUGGUGCUGAAGUCAUCCUCCCAUCUGCACCCUGCAGAUCCCCAUACGCUGGCCCCUUCGCUGGACCAUAUGGCGCCCCAUUAAUGGAAGGUCCCUACGCCGGCCCCUUCGCAGGCCCCUACGGUCCCCUAGCCGGUCCAUUCGCUGGCCCCUUCGAGGGUCUCGCUGGAGCGUACGGUGGUGAGGGCAUCGGUGACGUAACUGUGUUCGGAGAGAUGCCAGUGGCCGGUACCACCCUGGUCAACGGUCAAGUGCCAAUCCUCGGUGCCGUGCGCUUCGCGGGAGACCUGCCAGCUGGUGGCGUGGUCACCAUCGCUGGUAGCUGCGGAUGCGGAUGCAGAGGCCCUUACUAGUGACCUGUGAUCGAUAUUUGAUGAAUAUACAAUAAUUUGAAUCGAGUUUUUCUAUCAAUUUGAACACUGUUGUCUAUGAUUAAGAUCACCAUAUUAUUUUCCUUACCCUUCCCGGCCUUUUCCUUUACUAAUCGCGUCUGGCCCUUCUUAAUCCCUUUCCGCGUCGGCAACCCAUUUGUAGAGUCGUAAGGUCGUCCUCCCCAAAUGUUCGUGGG